GCUGUCUCCGAAGUCCCAAAACGUUUCCACCAGUCUGUUUUUUCUCGACCUCUAAUCAAUAAUAUAUGAAGUUCUUCAGGUCAUGUUACCGUCCCGGUGGAACCGGCCCUGCGCCUUCGCAGGAGGAGGAAGACAACACUAAAACUAUGUCACGGACGGCACCUUCUUCUUCAAGGCGCAAGAGGCUGACUACUGCAGGACGUUCCAAGACUGCAUCUGCUAAGAAUUGGAGGCCGGCGCUAUCCAUGAUAUCCGAGGACAAAGCCGUCGACGAGAGCGGCCGUGGACGUUGGGUUUCGGGAAAGCAAUCGUACGUGUCUUGUAAAUCAAAAUCAAUAUCGUCGGCCAAGUCUCCCUGCCUCACUCACACCAAUGACGAGUCCAGGGACAAUUCCAUGUCGAUGAUCUUUCUGGCAAUCUCACCAACUCCAUUUAUGUUUUGAAUUCCAUCAAUUACAGUACUGUUCGCUAGCUGAUAGCAGCUCUUUCUUUUGUUUUUGUUGUUUUCAUCCAAAACUUGUAUAUUGGUCUGUAUGGUACUGGAUGGAAGGAUUGAUACAGAGAAAGAUCAAGUUUUAUAACUAUUGUUUAAUUUCUUGGGUAUUUAUCAUGUAUUGAUUGGGCAAAUAUAUAUAAGUAAUGGGAUUCUUCAGAUUAA